UGACCAGAAAAUGGCGGAAGCGGCUGGCCGCCUGCGAGACCAGCGUCUCCCGAGAAAGAGGAGGAAGAGGAGGGGGAGUAGGCUGGCAACAGGAAGUAGGCGACAGGAGCUGCUUCUUCUUCCCGGUAGCGGUGAGUAUGGGAAAAUGAGGGAAUAAAAAUGGGGAUGUGAUGGGGAUAAAAGGCAGCUCAGCAUCCUCCAUGAAGGAUGCUCACUCCUCACAUCUUAUUUCUCCAUCCAUACAGCAGAGCAAGGACUGCUUGUGGCCGUAGCAGGAAGUCCUCCUGGGAAUGGACCUCGUGCCACAGAGCAAAAUGAACUCUGAGGGCAGCGACGGUAGACCUGUGCCACCCACCUCCCUGCCCCUCCAAGGAGGCGGCACCCACCGAAAGAAACUGUCGGCCCCCCGCAUCAGUCUCUCCCUGGAGCAGAGCGAAGACGACUUGGGCGAGACACCCGACGACCUUGACAUCAAUGUCGAUGACCUAGAUACUCCGGACGAAGGGGAUUACCUGGACUACACGGACCACGAGUUGGACUGGGACGAUCCCAAAGCUGAGAACCGAUGUCGGACAAGCGAGUCGUACGAAGCCGCCCCGACGUACGGUGCCGAGGACGAGCGUCAGGACGUCAAGCUGUGGCGAACGGUGGUCAUCGGCGAGCAGGAGCAUCGCAUCAACAUGAAGAUCAUCGAGCCCUACAUGCGAGUCAUCUCCCAUGGAGGGUACUACGGCAACGGUGUGAACGCCAUCAUCGUGUUUGCUGCUUGUUUCCUGCCAGACAGUGACAGAGACGACUACCACGACAUCAUGGAGAACCUCUUCCUCUACGUGAUCAGCACUUUGGAGCUGAUGGUGGCAGAAGACUACAUGAUUGUGUACCUGAACGGGGCCACGCCCCACAGAAGAAUGCCGGGCCUGGGUUGGCUCAAGAAGUGCUACCAGAUGAUUGACAGAAGACUCAGGAAGAACUUGAAGUCGUUCAUCAUCCUGCAUCCAUCUUGGUUCAUCCGGACCAUCCUGGCCAUCACCAAGCCAUUCAUCAGCACCAAGUUCAGCAGCAAGAUCAUGUACGUGAGCAGCUUGGACGAGCUGCAGGAGCUCAUCCCCAUGGAGAGUGUUCACAUCCCAGAGUGCAUCAUUAGACUGGACCGAGAACUGAAGGACGCAGGAGAGAUUUCAGUAGUGAAUAGCUUUCUCCUGGGAACCGAGCCAACACGCAGAGCAAACGAGGCGGGUGCCAGCGCUCCUUAAACUGGGAACUCAACCUCCGAAUGUGCGUGUGUGCGUGUGCGUGUGCGCGUGCGCAGUUUAUCAUGUGACAACACAACUUGGAUAAAUUGGACUCGUACACGCGCACAGCAGGCGGUCAUACAGCAGCGCACUGUGGUGUGUCUGUGUUUGUGUAAUGUCCCAUGCUCACACACAUCAGUAUUUCAGAGACGUGUGUUUUCUAAGUAAAAGCGUCCAACGUGCUACACUACUAUUAAAAAACAUUACAAGUCGUAAUGCAGAACAACACAAUUGAUUUGAAUGCUUAGUAUACACAUUAUAAAAUACACACGAUGGGCACUUCUUUGGGUACACGCGCACACCCUAAUAAGGACAUCUAAUAUAAGAUACACACAAAAAAUACGAAUAAUGUUUUGUUUAUUUCGGUGGUUUGCAGCGACAGCUGUUUAUUCAUGUUAUCAUUAUUAUCACAUAGUAUGUAUUAUUAUACUAUAAAAAUAUUUAUUGCACACAUUCUAAAAACAUUCGGAAAUUAUUCUAAUACUUUAUCCUAAAGAGAUUAAAAAAUAUUAGAGAUGAGAUGUUUCAUUCAAAAAAAUAUGUAUUAAUGAUGAUGUUGUAUUUAAUAGAAAACCAUGUUGUUAGCAAUGUUGUAAGGUUUAAUUCUAAAAAUACUAUGAAAUAUUACAAACAUUUUCUAUUUAUUUAUUUUAGAAUAUAUUUAAAGAUACUGUAUAUUAUAAAAUAUAAACA